AUGCGCGAACACAGAGGGUUGAUGAUGGCCAAAGGGCUUGCCUCCAACGGAGCAAAAGUCUACAUAGGCGGAAGACGAAAGGACGUGGUCGAAAAGGCAGCAGCGGAGCAUGGGUCUAAAAUAAGUGGAGAAUUGGUGCCUGCUGGUCGAGUUGGCGCAACAUCAGGAUUCCUUUCUGACCCCAAUGCUCCUGAGUGUAGUGACACAGAGACCCUCGGCAAGGCAUUGUUCUACAAUGAAUCAUUUGAAGGAUGGUCCACCGCAUUUUCAGUCAAUGUCUCAUCCGUCUUCUUUGUCUCUACUGCUUUCCUUGGAUUGUUGGAGAAUGCCAGUAAAGCUCGGGAAGCAGAGACUGGGGGAUGGAGUUCUUCAAUUAUCAAUAUCACAAGUGGUUGUGGCCAAGCAAAGUUGGCUCAAAGACAUUUCGCAUACAACGCAUCCAAAGCCGCUGGAAUACAUCUCACCAAGAUGCUCUCUACUGAGCUUGCGCUUCGCUCGAUUCCUGUCCGAGUCAAUUCAAUUGUUCCCGGAGCGUUUCCUUCUGAAAUGACUGGGUCAGAGAGCGAAUCGCUCAGGAAUAACUCAAGUUCCUUCUGCACGGGGCGGAUUAAGGAUAUUGUUGGGAUAGUUCUAUACCUUGUAUCACCCGCAUCGUACUACGUCAACGGGCAGGCCCUUGCUGUUGACGGUGGUUUCCUUGCCGUUAACCCUGCUGUAGUCUGA